UGUACGCUCACUUUCACAUCAAACCGUUCCAGAAAAAACAAUCUUUGUUCCAACUUUUUAUUAAAAAUUUUCAUGGAAGCUGCAAACAACAUCGGCUCUGCUCCAUCUCCAUCUCCGGUGCACGUUGCUUCCUGCAGCGGCACUCUGGGACGCCACCUGGCUCGGCGGCUAGUGGAGAUUGGUGCUAGAGAUGUGUUCUCAGUUCCUGGUGACUUUAACUUGACGCUCUUGGAUCAUCUCAUAGCGGAGCCAGAGUUGAAUUUGAUUGGCUGCUGUAACGAGCUCAAUGCCGGGUAUGCGGCUGAUGGGUACGCACGUGCCAAGGGUGUGGGCGCGUGCGUGGUGACGUUCACGGUGGGUGGACUCAGUGUGCUGAAUGCUAUAGCCGGUGCUUACAGUGAGAACUUGCCGGUGAUAUGUAUAGUUGGUGGGCCUAACUCUAACGAUUAUGGAACUAAUAGGAUCUUGCAUCAUACAAUUGGGUUACCGGAUUUUUCCCAAGAGCUUAGGUGUUUUCAAACCGUCACUUGUACUCAGGCUGUGGUGAAUAACUUGGAUGAUGCACAUGAGCUUAUUGACACGGCCAUUUCUACUGCUUUGAAGGAAAGCAAGCCGGCUUACAUCAGCAUAGCCUGUAAUUUGUCUGGAAUUCCGCAUCCCACUUUCUCUAGGGACCCUGUGCCAUUCUAUCUUGCUCCCAAGGUCAGCAAUCAGUUAGGACUAGAAGCAGCUGCGGAAGCAACUGCUGAAUUCUUAAAUAAAGCUGUGAAGCCAGUUAUUGUGGCUGGGCCGAAGCUAAGGGUGGCCAAGGCGCAAGAGGCCUUUGUAGAGCUUGCAGAUGCUAGUGGAUAUCCAAUAGCUGUUAUGCCCUCUGGUAAAGGGCUGGUGCCAGAGCAUCAUCCGCACUUUAUUGGGACAUAUUGGGGUGCAGUCAGUACCAGCUUCUGUGGGGAGAUAGUGGAGUCUGCUGAUGCAUAUGUUUUUGUUGGCCCCAUCUUCAAUGAUUACAGCUCUGUUGGUUACUCAUUGCUGAUCAAGAAAGAGAAAUCGAUUAUAGUGGAGCCUAACCGUGUGACUAUAGGCAGUGGUCCUUCACUUGGCUGUGUUUACAUGGCUGACUUUUUAAGUGCAUUGGCCAAGAAGCUAAAGAAAAAUAGCACCGCUCUGGAGAAUUACCAUCGAAUCUUUGUCCCUCCAGGUGUCCCAUUGAAGCGUGUGCAAGAUGAGCCUCUUAGAGUCAAUGUUCUCUUCAAGCACAUUCAGGCCAUGCUAAGUGGAGACACAGCAGUAAUUGCUGAAACUGGAGAUUCAUGGUUUAAUUGUCAGAAACUCCGCCUCCCUAAGAAUUGUGGAUAUGAAUUUCAGAUGCAAUAUGGAUCUAUUGGCUGGUCAGUAGGUGCUACUCUAGGAUAUGCUCAGGCUGCUAAAGAUAAGCGUGUGAUUGCUUGCAUUGGUGAUGGGAGUUUCCAGGUAACAGCUCAGGACAUUUCAACGAUGAUCCGUUGUGGACAGAGGAGCAUUAUAUUCCUUAUAAACAAUGGGGGAUAUACCAUUGAAGUAGAGAUUCAUGAUGGUCCUUACAAUGUCAUUAAGAACUGGGAUUAUACUGGCCUGGUCAAUGCCAUCCACAAUGGAGAAGGCAAAUGCUGGACUGCUAAGGUACGUACUGAGGAUGAACUAUUGGAAGCAAUUGACAGGGCAACAGGAGAACAAAAAGAUUCAUUAUGUUUUGUUGAAGUUUUUGUGCACAAGGAUGAUACCAGCAAAGAGCUGCUGGAGUGGGGAUCCCGAGUUUCUGCUGCCAACAGCCGCCCUCCGAAUCCACAGUAGCAUUCUGAAGGUUUAAGGAUUCAGAAUUUCACUGGCCUCCUUACUGUAGUGCCAUGAGCCUCAAUCCUGCUGUGUCACAGCUAAAUAAGCGAGAAGAGGGCUGCUUAUUUUAGAUUCUUUUUACUACCAAUCUGGUUGCAGCAUUCGCCUUAACCGCUGUAAUGAAACCUUUGAAACUAGUAUUAUGAGGCUGAAGCUGAGAUGGUUUCAAGUGCUGUAUUCUGAUGAAACAUGCAUCUUCGAUAUCUGUAAUUCAAUGUGUGGUUAAUAAAAAAGAGUGCUGUUCCAUAUUGCUGAAA